GCAUCUUGCAAAGGGAAAACCACCGUUGUGUCCGAGUCGGCUUCAUAUCAUGGAAGAUAGAGCUUUCUUGUCCGAUAAUGACGAUGACGCUAUUGAAUUUGCAACCUACGUAGAAAGUGACGACGACGACGAGGAUCCUUACUUCAUGCCGGUGCAUAAAAAGAAGUCAAGCACUCUUUCUUUCAGCAGAUUGUCAUGUUCUCCGGUACAAUUGUUGCGAUUUGUCGUUCCAGCCAUCUGUAUCGUUAUCAUUGUCGCCUACACCAUUGUUAUUGCGGUGCUUACUAACAAAAAACGAAUUGUCGUGACACCGGGCAAUAUCACCUUUGGCGGUUGACCCUAUUCAGAGAAUGUGAUAUGGAUACAUCUUUCCCUCUUCCCUUUUUUUUUUACCGAGCUCUAUACCAUUGUACACUUUUUCUUCCUAAAUAUAUUCCUUUGUAAAUUAUUGAAGAACCUUUUUCGUCAGUUAUCAUAAAAAACUUCAGUGUAUUUAUUUUUCAGCAAUGUUUUCGUGUAGAGUAUACUAAUCAAUGGAUGGUAAAGCCUACAGGACCACCAUAAAAGGGAAUCUAUCAUCCAUAGCAGCAAUAAAGAUCCUAC